AGUAAAGUAAUAAGGAAGUACAAAUAAAUAAUUUUAACGUGGGCCACCUCUACCUCUACCCCUUGGACCACCUCUAGGGCCACCUCUACCCCUCAUAGUUUUUGCUCUUUCUUUUAUGGCUUCUUUACGCUUAUUUACUUUUGGCUGAGGUGCGUCGUCUACUAGGAGAGUAUCGAGUGGAAGACUGUCAGGGAGGAUAACGUAUCUUAUGUUGUUCCCUCUAAUUGAUAUAGUAUCUAGAUUGCAAGCUGGAAGAUUCCUAGUGAUCAGUUUAACGCUACGAAGACUCACUUAUCAUAGUACCGUGUACUACAGAACCAUUCUUCAAUUCAAUCGUCACAGACUCGUUAUUUAAUUUCUGAAGGAACCUAUUAUUAUUUUAGGUAAAAUAGGUAAUAUAUAGACAAGAUACUAACCUGACUAAUUUCAUUUUUUAAUUAUAUCGACACUCUUGGUGGUAGCGGUGUAACGCUUUAGUUGACGACCAAGUGCUAGUAAUGGCUACAGAAGCAAGCUCAUACGAUUAUUUAUUUAAAGUAGUGUUAAUAGGAGACAGUGGCGUUGGUAAAUCUUCAGUCUUAUCCAGAUUUACUAGGAAUGAGUUCAAUAUGGACUCAAAGUCAACUAUUGGUGUCGAAUUCGCUACAAGAUCCUUGGAAGUUGAUCAGAAGACAAUAAAAGCUCAGAUUUGGGAUACAGCCGGUCAAGAACGUUAUAGGGCUAUUACUUCUGCUUAUUACAGAGGCGCAGUUGGUGCAUUACUGGUUUAUGAUAUAAGCAAACAGUCUAGUUUCGCGAACGUAGAGCGUUGGUUAAAGGAGCUCAAGGACCACGCAGACUCUAAUAUCGUUAUUAUGUUGGUUGGUAACAAAUCUGAUUUGAAGCACCUUCGCGCCGUACCUACUGCUGAAGCUCAAUCAUACACCGAGGAGAAAUCAAAGUUAGAGGAUGGUACAGAGUCUAGCAACCCUAUCAGAUUCAUAGAAACUUCCGCCUUGGAUUCUACCAAUGUAGAAGCAGCUUUCCAGAAUAUAUUAACUGAUAUUUAUCAAUUAGUUGCGACAAAGGCUUUAGAGGGCGGUGAUUCAAUAAAGCCUACUAAUGGGGAGACGAUAAAUGUACAGCCAACUUCAGAUUCUGAUAAUAAGAAGGCUGGUUGUUGUUGAUUUACUAGCGUGUAUACCAAUGAAUUUCUCUUUCACUCAGACUGUCAUGAUCUAUGAUCAGUACAAGUUAUAUGAGAAUAAAUAUUGCUUUAUAAUAAUUAAAUCUAAUCAAUCUGAUAAUUAUAAUAAACUUAUUAAAAUAUCGAAAUCUUUAGAUUUGCAGGUAGAAUUCGAUGAUAACGUAUACAAUAAUAAAGAUAUAAACCAAUUAUUGAAGUUGAUAGAGAUUGAUAAUGGUAGCUUAUCUAAAGUUACAACUUUUUAUGGUUUAGUUGGCUUUAUCAAGUUCACUAAAUAUCCGUACAUGAUCAUCAUAACUAAGAGAUCGCCAGUUGGAUUGUUAGGAGGUCACUAUAUUUAUCACAUUGAUG